CUGCCCCCAGUUUGCUCAGCAAUGCACAUCUGGACUUAGGAAAAUUUUUAGUGCGUCCAUUUUUAAACUCUGGGCAUCAAUAUAUUUGAAAACAACUAACUGAUCUACAACCUACAAAAACUACUUUAUUAGACCAAUUCCAAACUGGAGGCAGAGCAGGAGAAAACUUCAGCAAGAGGAGCAUCCCAGUCUAAGACAUCAGCAAAAUCCCGUAUCCAACGUGAGAUCUUCGAAGUUUGCCAAGUGAACAUUUGUGAAGGCUGGACAUGGUGAUUCUCUUCCUCUUAGCAGCUUUGCUGCAAGAACCAGUCUCAAGCACCUUGUACGGCUUCAGGUUUUUGACAGGCAAGGUUGGAGGAUCAGUCACCCAUCAGUGCUUCUACUCCAUCACGCCAGCCAACAAACACGACCGAAAAUAUUGGUGCAAAAUAGCAGGAAGCGGAGUUUGCCACACUGUCAUUUCUACAACCGGCUACAUCUCGAAGCAACAUGUGGGGCGAGUGUCCCUUGAGGACAUUCCCCAGAACGGUACCUUCACCGUGACCAUGACAGAGCUGGAGAAGAAUGACACGGGGACCUACCGAUGUGGCAUCGGCACCACCAACAGGGACCUGUUUGUCAGCCUGAACCUGACGGUGCUGGCAGAUGCUGCUGCGUUGGGGCCGACUGAGCUUGUCUGGGGGGAGCUCCACGGAUCUGUCACAGUCCUGUGCCCACCCGGGGACACUCGAGGUGGUGAGAAGAGGUUCUGGUGCAAACUGGGGAGAAAUGGCUGUGCUCUCAUAGCCAACACCGGUGGCUAUGUGGGAAAGAGUUACCAAGGAAGAAUCUUUAUCACCCCUCAGGAGAGCUCUGGAGUUUUCAAAAUCUUGAUAAAUGACUUAAAAAAGGAAGACUCGGGGUUGUACAUGUGCGGGACAGGAAAGCUGAGCGGUGGGGACAGCCUGCAGGCGGUGGCUCUGCAGGUGACCAAAGCCUCCACCCUUCCCAAGAGACCCAAACUUCUGAGCGGCACAGUGGGAGGCUCGCUGUCCUUAAAGUGCCACUAUGAUCCCCAGGGGAACUACGAGCAGAAGUAUUUGUGCAGGUGGAAGGAGGCUUCCUGCGCCCUGCUCGUGGAUGCAGACGGGUUUGUGCACGAGUCCUACAAAGGGCGAAUACAAAUAACCAGCGGUGCCCAGGAAAAUGGGACUUACACGGUGGUGAUGAGCCACCUGAGAGAGGAGGAUGCAGGAUGGUACUGGUGUGGGGCCAAAAAUGGGCACACAGAGCACACCUCCUCUGUCAAGCUGCUCAUCCAGAAGGAAUCCUGCUCUUUGCAAGACCCAGAAACAUCUACUCUGGUGAAACGCACUUUAUCAAUUCCUGCCGCCUACGGGAUGCUCACGCAGAGGAGCAUCACGGGCCUGACGUACACGGUGGGCACUGUCACUGAGAACAGCAUCACGGGCCUGAUGUACGUGACAGGUACCAGCACCGAGAGCAGCAGCAUCCCGCUAUCUGAUGACGACCCUGACACCUUUGUAACCAAGAGCACCAGCAUCCUGCUGCCCACUGACCACCCUGGCACCUUUGUAACCGAGAGCACCAGCAUCCUGCUGCCCACUGACCACCCUGGCACCUUUGUAACCGAGAGCACCAGCAUCCUGCUGCCCACUGACCACCCUGGCACCUUUGUAACCGAGAGCACCAGCAUCCUGCUGCCCACUGACCACCCUGGCACCUUUGUAACCGAGAGCACCAGCAUCCUGCUGCCCACUGACCACCCUGUCACCUUUGUAACCGAGAGCACCAGCAUCCUGCUGCCCACUGACCACCCUGGCACCUUUGUAACCGAGAGCACCAGCAUCCUGCUGUCCAAUGACCCCCCCAACACCUUUGUAACCAGGACCAUCAGCACCCCAUUGUCCCCUAACCCCCUUGGCACCUUUGUAACCUCACCAGGUGAAAACUAUGAGAGCUCAUCGAGUGAAUCACAUCUGCUCCCAGUCGUGUUACCAGCUCUCAUUUUACUGAUUUUCAUCACUGUCACUAUUCUUGUCCUGAUCAAAAUAAAGCUUCAAAAGGAGAUGGGAGGAGAAAGAAGUGCCAUGGGAGACUUGGAAGCAGCUCCGAUUCGGUCUGAUCCAAACCCUGUGAAAGAGCAAAUGAUGGAGGAAACCCCGAGGCCAGAAAAAGUGCAGGAGUGCAGGACCGAAUCUGGCAAAUGUAGGAUAAUCUAUGCUAUCCUUGGAAGAUUCAGGAUGAUCGACUUAUAUGUAAGAGUCUAUGUCUUCUGGCAAAAUAUAAGAACAGUGGGCCUGUCUUGGAGUACCAAAGCUCUUCAGAGAGAAACUGUUGUAGAAAACAGCUGAGCAAAUAUUUUAAAGUAUAUCCAAUUUGUGGAAAUUCAUAUCAGUGAAAAGCACUCUUCUCCAUUAAAAAAAAAAUCAAAUGGUGGAAUAGCAUUCAAAAAAUCGGUGAUGGCAUUUCAUAGUCUCAUUACAAUGCACGUAGAUCCAAGCUCUCUGGUCGUAUAAGCAGGUGAUAAUAUUUUGAAGCCAGAUCGUUGCAGAAGGAAAUAAGUGAUCGUGAGGAUUUGGACCCUCUGGAACGAGCUGCCACCUCUGUGCACGCUACUGCAUGUACAUUUGUGUUUCUUUCCCUAUUUGAAACACCCAUUGACUUGACCAGAAGAAGAAUACAGAUAUACAGAUAUCCCGUUUUUCAAAGCUAUUCACAGAAUAUACCGUAGAUGUCAAAAGAAGUCUAGAGAAUGGCUUAAAAACCAAGGCAGAUAAGGUUGAAAUUUAGAAUAUUUUGCGGAGAGUAAUUCAACUCACUAAAACUGUACAAGUUUCCUUGCUGAAGCUGUAUGAAGGGUUCAUGCAGUCCUAAAUGCAAAGAAUGAAAAGGAAGAAGUACACCCCCAAAAAACCUUGAAAAUAAAGAAUAAACAAUCUGUGAAACCCUUCUAAAAACGAGAAUGAAAACCAGAAGUUGUUAAUUGUGUCUUUUGUUUCUAGGUGUCUGGUUUGGGGUGAAGCCCAAGGUAACUCACCUGCUGAGCGGGAUGUUGAUUCCAAGAACUCCCCUCCGACUCACAUUUUUCUAGUUUUCUCUUCUCAGGGCUCCCUGAAAUAUCAGACCCAUUUAAAAUAUGAAGUUUGGCAUAAACCCAGAAACACCCAUGAAAUCACUUAUAAAAAUAUUAUAGAGAAGCAAUGCCAGAUCGCUGCUUUUCUUUAUUUCUGAUUGCUUGUUCGGAGCUUUUGGAUUUGGUGUUGUUUGUUUGAUCGAUUUUUUUGAAUUAUUAUUUUUUACAGCAAUCCUACAGGGAAAAGAACACUUUUCAAGGCAACUGAUGAAGACUUGAGGCAGAACCCCCUUCCAUCAAAGCCCCCAUAUACAUGAGCUCGAAUAUUUCCCUACGGAAAGCUGACGCACGGCUAUAAACCGCGAAGCGCCCGGCGCCGCUUGCUGCUCUGCUCAGGAGCCGAGAGCCGAAUCCCUGCAGGCUGCUCAAAUGCCACUUGCUACAUCAUUUGUAGA